AUGUCUACCAAGACCGUAGUCCUCGUCACGGGGGCGAACCAAGGCAUUGGCUUUGAGAUCGUGAAGAAGCUGGCCACUGAUCAGAAAGACUACCAGAUCAUUGCGGCAGGCCGGCGCAAGAGCGCCAUCGAGGAGGCAGUCGAGAAGCUCCACGCAGUCGGGCUCUCCUCGGUCAGUUCGCUCGUGCUGGACGUCGUGUCGGAUGAGUCCAUUGCCUCUGCCGUGAAGGAAAUCGAGAGCCGGUACGGACGCCUCGAUGUUCUGGUCAACAACGCCGGUAUCAGCGGCGACUCGAGCAAUAGCCGUGCCGACUGGAAGGCCGUCUUUGAUACCAAUGUCGCGGGAGUGGCAGCCGUGACAGACGCCUGCAUCCCGCUGAUGGAGAAGUCGGUCGAGGCCGACCGGCCGAAGCGCAUCGUCUUUGUCUCCUCGACCCUGGGCAGCAUCUCCUUGAAGGCCGACCCGAAGGCGCAGACGCAUGCGAACCUUGCGCGCACGUACACGACCAGCAAGGCAGCGCUCAACAUGCUGGCCUGGCACUACAUGGUCACGUACGAGAACGACAAGAACUGGAAGAUCAACUGCUGCUGUCCGGGCUUCUGCGCCACCAACCUGAACAGCUACAGGGGCUUUGACACACCAGAGCAAGGGGCGAUCCGGCCUUCAGAACUGGCGACACUGGGUCCGGACGGCCCUACGGCGACAUACUCGAACAGACAUGGACUGGUGCCUUGGUAG